AUGAGCUACAUAGGCACUGUAAUUGGACGUAUGAAAUGGGGAUUUCUCCCUGUCAGGCGGAUCGUUGACGAAGACGAGAACGGUAACUUUAUUGUGCCUGACGAGGAUAAGCUUUCGCUAGAUUCCGAAACUAAUUCAGAAAAGAAUAGUAUCAACGAAGAGACUCGUGACGUUGAACUGUCCUUGGAAUACAGAGAUGAAAAGAACCGUAAAUGGUACAAUUUCUUUAACGAAUACGAAUAUCGUGUGACAAGCAAGGUCAAACAAAGACGUAAAUGGUACAAAUGGUUUCAUGACGAUGAUACUCCAGAAGAACGCCGUGUUAUCAUGAAGAUUGACCUUCUUCUUACUUUUUACUCGUUGAUGGCCUACUGGGUUAAAUAUUUGGAUCAAACUAAUCUUACCAAUGCGUAUGUUGGUGGUUUACGUGAAUCUAUUAACAUGCAAGGCAAUGACUUUGUUAACACUCAAGUGAUGUUCUCCGUUGGUAACAUUGUUUUUCAAAUUCCGUUCAUGUACAUCCUUUAUGCACUUCCUAUGAACUACGUUCUUCCUAUGUUGGAUCUUUGCUGGUCAAUCUUGACAAUUUCCUUGUACAGGGUCGAAAACGUUGCUACAUUGAAAGUGCUCAGAUUCUUCAUUGGUAGUUUUGAAUCGUGUGCUUAUAUUGCAUACCAUGCCUUAUUCGCCUCUUGGUUUAAGGGAAGUACUGCUGAGAUUACGAGAAGAGCUGGUUUCUAUUAUCUCGGUCAGUACUUGGGUAUCUUGACUUCCGGUUUACUUUCCGGUGCUAUCAUGAGGACUAUGGGUGGAAUUGGUGGACUUGAACCAUGGCAAUGGAUUUUUAUCAUGGAUGGUAUUAUUUCUGUGAUUGUUGGUAUCUUGGGUUUCUACAUGAUUCCAGGUACCCCUCAAGAUUGCUACUCUCCAUUCUUGAGUGAUGAUGAUAUACGAAUUGCCAGACGUCGUAUGAUUAAGGAUCAGAAGAACUACAAACCAAGAGAAAAUGCUGUAAAGCACUUCUUCAAUUUGGACAUUUGGAAAUCUAUAUUCAGCUCAUGGCACAUUUAUGUGUUGUCUUUGUGGAAUAUAUUCUGUUGGAACAACAGUAAUGGUUCUUCUGGUUCUUAUGCAUUGUGGUUGAAAUCGUUAACAAAGUCUGAUGGUGUAACCCCAAGAUUCAGUCCAGGGCAGCUUCAAGAUUACACUGCUUUGACUCCUGCUCUUGGUCUCCUUUGGUUGAUUUUGACUUGUAGUUUUGCUGAUCUUUUCAAUACUCGUUGGGGUGCCAUAUUGUUUUCUCAAGUAUUCAAUGUUCUUGGAAACCUUAUUUUGGCAGUUUGGGACGUUCCAGAGAAGGCAAAGUGGUUUGCAUUUUGUCUCCAAUACUUUGGAUGGGCCAUGGCUCCAGUCUUGUACUCGUGGCAAGGUGACAUCUGUCGUAAAGAUAUUCGUGAAAGACAGGUUGUUUUGGUUACCAUGAACAUUCUUGCUCAACAAUCAACUGCUUGGAUUGCUGUUUUGGUAUGGCCAACGGUGGAAGCGCCAAGAUUUAUCAAGGGGUUCUCGUUCACAGCUGCCAGUGGUGUCGCUCUUUCUAUUUGGACUUUGGUAGUCUUGUGGUUCUACAAGAGAGAGGAAAGACAGAAUGCUAGAGAAAACGGAAUUAUCUUAUACAACUCUGAUGUCGAUUCUGAGAUCCAGCCCCAGGAAGUUUCGGAAUUCGUAGAUGAGAAGAAGUGA